CUAUUCUCUGUCAGAUUGACAUUUUAUUUGAUGUUUCUUGAACUGAUUUAAAUUAUUUGACCAUUUGUUAAAAAAUAUAGUUUUAAUCAUAAUGCUAACUUUGUGGAAUUUAUUUGAGGCUUCUUUACUUUGCCUCAAUGCAGUUUGUGUCCUUCAUGAAGAAAGGUUUAUGCAAAAGAUGGGCUGGGGUGCAAAUGUUUCUGAACAAGGCUUCGUGGACCAGUCUUCUAUGAAAUUCCAAAUUUUAAACCUUGUGCGAUCUAUAAGAACAGUAACAAGGAUACCACUGAUCAUUUUAAAUAUACUUACCAUAUUAUUUAAAUUACUGUUUGGAUAAUAAUAUAAAGAAACAUAAAAAGGAACUUGAAGAAAAAGCAAUGAAACUCAUUGGUGGAAAAAUUCUGCUGCCAUUGUAUCAGGAUGUUAAUAUCCAUAUUUCAUUGUUUAAAUAUUAAGUUUAACAUUUUAAGUAUCAAUAAAAUUGUGUAUUUUGUAUGUUUAUUAAAAG